UACCCUACCCUGCGUGGCAAGGUCAGCCCAGCUCUCCUGUGGCCACGUGGCCUGGGCCACAGGCAGGGGAGGGGGGCGAAGGUGGCUGCUGCCACUGCCCCCGGCUCCCUGAGGAGGGAGGCACUCCAGCCGGGUCCUCCAGCCAGGCCGCCCCCCACGAGGCCAGGGCCACCCUUGUUGCAGUGGGCGGCAGGAGCAACAGAGGCCUCUCGGCCCCAAGCGCCCUGAAUGCCCUGAGCGUCCUGCUGGAAUUCGGCGGGGCCACCACCCAGGGAAGGGCGCCAUUUCCCAGAGGGGUGGCCUGCCCGCUCCGUCCUCCCCUGACAGCUGCCUGAGCCCUCCACCCAGAGCCAGCUGCCUCCGGGCCGGGUGCGGGGAAGAUGUCCCAGCCCACCGCCGCCGCCGAUGAGGGGGCCACGUUCGAGCACCUGUGGAGAUCCCUGGAACCAGACAGCACCUACUUUGACCUUCCCCAGCCAAGCCAGGGAAAUAACGCGGUGGUGAGCGGCUCAGGGGCCAGCAUGGAUGUCUUGCACUUGCAGGGCAUGACCACGCCCGUCAUGCCCCAGUUCAAUCUGCUGAACAGCACCAUGGACCAGAUGAGCAGCCGAGCGGCCUCGGCCAGCCCCUACACCCCGGAGCACGCCGCCAGCGUGCCCACCCACUCGCCCUACGCGCAGCCCAGCUCCACCUUCGACACCAUGUCGCCCGCACCGGCCAUCCCCUCCAACGCCGACUACCCCGGCCCCCACCACUUCGACGUUACCUUCCAGCAGUCGAGCACGGCCAAGUCGGCCACCUGGACGUACUCCCCGCUGCUAAAGAAGCUUUACUGCCAAAUCGCCAAGACGUGCCCCAUCCAGGUCAAGGUGUCCACCCCGCCGCCCCCGGGCACCGUCGUCCGGGCCAUGCCCGUCUACAAGAAGGCAGAGCAUGUGACUGAAGUGGUGAAGCGCUGCCCCAACCAUGAGCUCGGGCGAGACUUCAACGAAGGACAGUCUGCUCCGGCCAGCCACCUCAUCCGCGUGGAGGGCAACAAUCUCUCACAGUACGUGGACGACCCUGUCACAGGCAGGCAGAGUGUCAUGGUUCCCUACGAGCCCCCGCAGGUGGGGACAGAAUUUACCACCAUCCUGUACAACUUCAUGUGCAACAGCAGUUGUGUGGGGGGCAUGAACCGGAGGCCCAUCCUCAUCAUCAUCACUCUGGAGACCCGGGACGGACAGGUGCUGGGCCGCAGGUCCUUCGAGGGCCGCAUCUGCGCCUGUCCCGGCCGAGACCGCAAGGCUGACGAGGACCACUACCGCGAGCAGCAGGCCCUGAGCGAGAGUGCGGCCAAGAACGGGGCCGGCAGCAAGCGCGCCUUCAAACAGAGCCCCCCGGCCGUCCCCGCCCUGGGCACCAACGUGAAGAAGAGGAGACACGGGGACGAGGAUGUGUACUACAUGCACGUGCGGGGCCGAGAGAACUUUGAGAUCCUGAUGAAGGUCAAGGAGAGCCUGGAGCUGAUGGAACUGGUGCCACAGCAGCUGGUGGACGCCUACCGGCAGCAGCAGCAGCAGCUUCAGAGGCCGAGCCACCUGCAGCCGGCGUCCUACGGGCCCGUCCUCUCGCCCAUGAACAAAGCGCACGGGGGUGUCAACAAACUGCCGUCUGUCAACCAGCUGGUGGGCCAGCCUCCCCCGCACGGCUCGGCGGCCGGGCCCAACCUGGGGCCCGUGGGCCCCGGGAUCCUCAACAACCACAGCCACACCCUGCCAGCCAACGGCGAGAUGAACAGCAGCCACGGCGCCCAGUCCAUGGUCUCGGGGUCCCACUGCACCCCACCCCCCUACCACGCCGACCCCAGCCUGGUCAGUUUUUUAACAGGAUUGGGGUGUCCAAACUGCAUCGAGUAUUUCACCUCCCAAGGCUUACAGAACAUUUACCACCUGCAGAAUCUGACCAUAGAGGACCUCGGGGCCCUGAAGAUCCCGGACCAGUACCGGAUGACCAUCUGGAGGGGCCUGCAGGACCUGAAGCAGAGCCACGACUACGGCGCCCAGCAGCUGAUCCGCUCCAGCAGCAACGCGUCCGCCAUCGCCGUGGGCAGCUCCGGGGAGCUGCAGCGGCAGCGGGUCAUGGAGGCCGUGCACUUCCGCGUGCGCCACACCAUCACCAUCCCCAACCGCGGGGGCCCGGGGCCCGACGAGUGGGCGGACUUCGGCUUCGACCUCCCGGACUGCAAGUCCCGGAAACAGUCCAUCAAAGAGGAGUUCACGGAGAGCGAGAUCAACUGAGGGGCCGGGAGGGCGCGGCGGGGUCCCCGGGCAGCCUCGCGGGGUCUCCUCUUCCUCGUUUUCACAAACUGCCUCUGGAGGCAGGACCAGCAGGCUGUGCCGGGGGAGGGGCGAGGUCCACCCCGCGGCUCCCGGACAGAGGCUGGCGCGUCUGGACGCGAUCUGGGCGGGGGAGGGUCGGCCCCCGGAGCCAGCGCCUUCCCCAUCUGCCCCGUCCGUGCGUCCUCCUCCGGGCUCUGCGGCUCCCAAGCGAGAUGCUCCGAGGACACAAGGAUCGCCUCCGCUGACGGACUGCCAAAAAGUAUUUUUCGAUGUCUUUUGUUUCCUGGCAACGAGCGGCCCCGUGAUUGUGACCUAAAACACGUUUAUUUUGGGGUCAGCGCUCCAGACCCUGUCUCUGCCGAGGCGGGGUCCCUCUGCUGGACUUGAGGGUCCGUCUACCCCUCACACUUCAAACCCACUGCUACCUUCCACUUCCCGCCCCAAAACGAGAACCAGAAUUUCCCCAGACUUGGGGCCGACUGGGGAGGAGGGCGUCUCUCCUUGGAGGCAAGGAAACUUCUGGUCAGUUGCCACCAGCCAACACCCGAGCCAACACCACCGGCCACGGCCAGAGCUCUCCAGUGAGCUUCUCCGCACAGACACGGACAGCAUGCUCCUUAGACUACUGGAAAUUGUCAAUAUUUGAUAAAAACAUACCCUUUGUACUUGG